AUGCCCCUGCCUGAUCUUACAGACCUUCCUAGUGCACCCAAACAGCGACGCCAAUCGUUUAUGGAUUAUGGUGGUCCCAAUUCUAUAAACAACUUUGCAUCAUCGUACUCGAGGGCCCAGCAAUAUAUUGGUACUUCAUUUAUGGAGCAAGGAGGUGAAUAUAUGGAAUCUCCACCACAAUUAUCAUCAAGACCUUUACGUGACGAUAAUGAAGCAUUCCUAAGUAGUGAUGACAACUCGAUACGUUCGGACAAUGAUAGUAACAACCAAACAGACCACAUGGAUUUCCCACUACCACCCCCUAUUGACUGGUCAAAUAAUUCCGUAUUUGAUGAAACAAGCGAAUUAUUACCGGCUUUAUCACGAAUUUCUACCAAAAGACAUUCAUUCAGUAUAAUAACCGGGAAUUCCACAGCAGCACAAACUAUAUUCAAUUCAAUAAACACGUUGAUUGGCAUUGGAAUGUUGUCUUUACCGCUUGGAUUUAAAAUGUCAGGUUGGUUAUUUGGAUCCUUGUUGCUUGUUGUAUCGGCAUUUUUAACAAACACAACAGCUAAAUAUUUAGGGAAAAUAUUGUAUCGUCAUCAAGAAUUAAUGACUUAUGGGGAUAUUGCCUAUGCAUACGGCGGUAAAUAUUUUCUGUAUUUGGUCACUCUAUUUUUUGUCGUUGAUUUGUUUGGUGCUUCUUUGACAUUAAUAAUAUUGUUUGCUGAUAGUUUUACCAUUGUUUGGCCCCAUGUUCCUGCCCUUAAAGCAAUUAUUGUUACGGCAGUAUUUGUGUUAUCUUUAUUACCACUAAGUAUGUUAUCUAUUUUCAGUCUAUUGGGAAUAAUUUCGACUGUUGGUAUAAUACUUUCAGUGUUUAUAUGUGGAUUUAUAGUUGAUACAUCUCCUGGAUCUUUGUUAAUACCAGCAACUACUACUUUAUUACCACCAAACCCCAUAAAUUUAUUGUUCAGCUUGGGAAUAUUUAUGGCUCCCUGGGGUGGUCAUCCGGUAUUCCCAGAAUUGUAUCGUGAUAUGAGACAUCCUUCCAAAUUUACCAAGUCGAGCAAUAUCUCAUUUCUUGUUACUUAUCUUUUGGAUUUUUCUAUUGCUGCCACUGGGUAUUUAAUGUAUGGAUUAAUGGUUGAUGAUUCAAUUGUGAAAAGCAUUAUGCAAAAUCCAAAUUAUCCGCCAAUUAUAAAUUCAAUAUUAUGUAUCUUAAUGGGGAUGCUACCAAUUUCGAAAUUGCCAUUAGUCACUAAACCAAUCAUUACUUCUUAUGAAAAUAUUUUUGGCAUCACAGCAAAAUACGUUAAAUUGGACGAAAAUGGGAAAUUGAUUGAUACUUAUGGACCAAAAAGGGUGUUUAGUAGAAUUGUUUUCUGUUGUGUGUUAUUGAUAAGUGCAUUAUUAUUAACUUCAUUUGGGAAAUUAGUGGCAUUUUUAGGAAGUGCUAUUUGUUAUACUGUAUGCUUGACAUUGCCAUUAUUGUUUUAUUUAAAAUUAAAUAGACCAAGCAUUGGCAAGUUAGAAGGCUUGUUAAUUAAAAUUGGAAUCAUUUUUUCAAUUACUGCUGCUAUACUAGGAACUUAUGCAUCUAUUGGAUUGACAAUACCUGAAUAG